AUGGGGAAGUCCACCCUUUUAGGGGCACGGGUCAGAGAUGAGUCGUUUCCGGCCGAGUCAUUCGCGCCAAAGAUUCAAAUGCAGAAGUACGUUGCACCGAAGCAGCUUCCGCGUAACGUUGCAAUGGAGCGACGCAGGCGGCAGUAUAGAAAUCUGCGGAUGCCGAUGGCCUUGAGACAGGAAAAAAUUCGUUCCCGGGAGUUACUGCCCCCGGAAGUGGUUUGUCCUUUUUCGUCAAAAAAUGACAAAUACGGGCUGUACCCCACGGUCAAUUAUCUGCCGCUCAAAUUCUUCGACGACGAAGAAUUCGACUGCAGAACAACAGACGACUGGGUGAACCUUAACGCGAUCGACGGGAUCCGGCAUCCCAUUCCUGCCGAGGUAUUCGUCGAGAGACCGGAAAAGCUGAGAAUUUCUUCCGACGCCAACGACGAGGAUGCUUUGGACAAUUUAUACGAAUGGUGUAACGCGGCAAUCACCGAUUACGACCCACGGAGAAAAUUGUGGUCGGUCUUCACUUUGGACGGCUACAAAAGAACCUUCGUCAUCCCUAGAAUUUACAUACGCUUUUAUGCGGAAGACUCGAGGACCUCAGCGAAAAGAAUCGGAAAUGCGUUGGCAGCCAGGCGAAAAGCGGAGGCUUGUAUCAGGUACAAUUUUUACGUCGACUGCAUGCACCUCGAGGGUAUUCCACCUUACCCGGAAAAAGAGUUCUACGAGGCGACAGCUAAGGCACUCGGACAUGGCAAGCAGAAAUACGCCAGCAAGAAUUUAACGAACGUAAUGAGCGAAAUAACUCUUGACUACAAACGAACGAUGUGCGACUUAAAGUGGAGGCAAAUGAUCGACUGUCAUCCGAAGCUGUUCACAUUUAUCACGCAGACGGCAUUGCAGGAAGAUGAACACGCGGUUCCAGCAACUGGAAGGAAAACGAAGGAGUUUUUCCACUGGGUCGUUCUCUACGUACGUCCAGAGAUACAUGAAGCCAUGUCUUGCAUAGUUUUCGAGUCAAUGAAGGCCGGGGCGGGAUCCCUCUUCAUAUCAAAUUACGGCAAGUCCAUGACCCUCGUAGAAUUCGAACAGCUGCAAACGCAGACCAUGGUUACGGUAAUCAAAGACCUCAAAGAGCCAUGGUUGGAAAAAAUAACACAAUCGGUUCGAAUGUGUCUCAGAGACAUCGGCAAAGGUUGGUUCAACCUUGAGCAGAAGGACCAUGACGUUUACGACGUUAUGAAGCUGAAAAGGUUCAUGACCUUGACAAUGCUUCGUAUGCAGAAUGGUCUGCGAAACCUGGUAGAAAAUUCGAUGUCUCUUUACCUCUACAUGCUGGAAACUCCGGCACUUUGUACUCUCGACGUAUGCGAUGAUUUUGUCUGGGGCGAUAACUUGGUGAUAACGCAAUUCAAACCCAGCAAUUAUCCGAUAUUCAACAUUGAGCUUCGUAUGGAUGAAAGUGGUGCGGUCUACUCUACUAAUUUGGACCAGUUCCGGACGACGAUUAUACAUCUAUUCGACAACGCGCUUACCAUGUGUCAUCAGAUUAGACAGGUCCAUCCGUUUCUAUUGCGGCAUCUGAAGUUUCCUGCCGAUUUGCUUCUGUGUUCUGUUGGGUUAUUGGAAAAGCCUGUUUGCGAUGUUCGCGAUCGUCUGAAUCUCAUUUAUUCGAAAGCAUUAAUACCGCUGAGAGCUUACGCCAAGGAAUUCCAAAAAUAUCUCGAAUUUUAUAUGUUGCCGGUAACGCAGUACAUCAAGAAUUUUAAUGAAGAGAACCGCCCCGUAAUCGAGUUCAAGGAUGAAAUAUCCUUCCAUUUCCGUAUGAAGCAUAGUCUCGAGAAGACCUUGCCGUCCAAUAUUUGGAUCGGUCCGUUCAACGUGAACGUUCGACCUCUGAAGUCGUUCUUGAUAGACAAGCGACUGGACCUAGCCACAAGGCUGCUCAACAUGUUCACAGCGCGACUUCAUUUUCAAAUCGAUGAAAUAUUAAGCGAGUACAAAAACAUUCAGAAGAAAUUGAAAGAUGAGCCGUUCAACAUAGAGCGGGUAUUCGAAAUGCGGGAAUGGAUGGAAACGAUACCGCUAACCGUCAAAGGUUUGGACGACACUGUCCAGAAACUGAAACUUGAAUACGACGUACUCGAUCAGUUCUGGUGGAAUUUGUCAGACGAGGAAUUCGCUUUGAAAUACGAGGCUAUUGGAUUCCCGCUUCAAAUUCAGAUACAGGUGGACGAGACCCUAGACUUUCUUCUCGAAGCGCAGGAAAGGUUUUACAAAGUUCAAUUAACGGACGAGGCUAAUCUUUUGGAGAGAAUAGACGGGCUGAUGGGAAACGUGACAAAUAUAGCUUUGCAGCGUGACAUUAACAAGACCCACGAGAUGGCGAUCGACGUCAAGAGGGUUUGGAAGAUCAUUAAGGAGUGCCAGGAGCAGGGUCUGUUACUCAACGAGAGGCAGAAGCUUUUCGGGAUUCCAGUAACGCCCUACGAACACCUCAGUAAACUGAUUACGGAGUUUGACCCUUACAAGACCCUAUGGAUAACCGCUUCCGACUGGCUGAAGUGGUACGAAAUAUGGAUGGAAAAUCCUCUGGUGACCAUCGAUGGGUCUCAGAUCGAGGCGAUGGUCGCUGACAUGUUCAAGAGUAUGACGCGCUGCAUGAAGAUAUUCAACGAGCAGCCCGAAAUCCAGUAUAUGGCGAGUGAAAUCAGGGAACAAAUCGACGUUUUCCGACCCUUCAUUGGCCUGAUACAAGCUUUGCGCAAUCCCGGAAUGCAGCCGCGGCACUUUGUGGAAUUGAGCGACCAAACGGGGAUUCAAAUAUCUCUGACUCCGACCUUGACAUUAAAGAAUUGCAUCGUACUCGGCUUGACGGAUUUCGAGGAGACGGUGAAGAAAGUCGCGGAGGGUGCCGCGAAGGAACACUCGAUCGAGGAAUCUCUCGACAAAAUGCUCGCGGAGUGGCAAAACGUUGUGCUGGAGUUCAUCCCCCACAAGACUGCGGAUACCGAUGUAUUGAAAAUCGCCGACGAGAUAAUCAUGAUGCUGGAUGACCAUGUUCAGACGACGCAGCAAAUCAGCUUCAGUCCCUUCAAGACUGCCUUCGAAGAAAGGAUUGCCGACUGGGACAACAAGCUCAAGUUAAUCCAGGACGUUUCCGUCGCCUGGCUGGAGGUGCAAAGAGCAUGGCUGUACCUUGAACCAAUAUUCACGUCGGAAGAUAUCAGCCGUCAGCUGCCUGUCGAGUCAAAAAAAUACAACGUCAUGGAGAGAAAUUGGAAACGGAUAAUGAAGGCGGCUCACGCUUGUCCGACGAUCAUAGAAAUUUGUCCGGAUCCAAAUCUUCUGGAGAGUCUUAAGGAGUGUAUGAGUCUUUUGAACGUCGUGCAGAAGGGUCUGUCGGACUACCUCGAGACGAAGCGCAUGCUCUUCCCAAGGUUCUUCUUCCUCAGCGAUGACGAGCUUCUCGAGAUAAUCGCGCAAUCCAAAAACGUACACGCCGUUCAACCCCACCUGAAAAAAUGCUUCGAAAAUAUUCACAAGCUGAAGUUCGAGAGCGAUCUAACAAUUACGAACAUGUACUCCGCCGAAAACGAGGAGGUCACUUUCCAACCGGCGAUUCUUCCCACCGGUAACGUCGAGGAUUGGCUCGGGCAAGUUGAGGAGGCCAUGAGGGACACCUUGAGGUGCAUAAUCGGCGACGCUCUUGAACAGGUUGAGUCCAAGCCGAGGAAGGAAUGGGUCUACAUGUGGCCGGGUCAAAUUGUCCUCUGCGGAGGACAGACAUCCUGGACAGCGCACGUCGAGGAGGGAAUAAGGACUCAGACCCUCAAGAAUUAUUACCACCAAAUGCUGAAACAGCUCGAUGACCUCCGCGACUUGGUGCGAGGUAAUCAGACCGAGAUCCAGAGGAUGAUACUUGAGGCGGUUAUUGUGAUUGAAGUUCACGCCAGGGAUGUCCUGGCGAAAUUGGUCCUUGAAAAUAUCACGAACGCUAACGACUUCGACUGGAUAUCGCAGCUUCGUUAUUACUGGGUCGACGACGAGGACCUCAAGGUCCGAGCUGUCAAUGCUGAAUUUCCUUACGGGUACGAGUACCUCGGUAACAACGGGCGACUGGUCAUCACGCCGUUGACGGAUCGUUGCUAUCUCACCCUGACCGGUGCACUGCAUUUGAAAUUUGGUGGGGCACCAGCCGGACCCGCUGGGACCGGAAAAACUGAGACAACGAAAGACCUUGCGAAGGCUUUCGCGAUACAGUGCGUGGUCUUCAACUGCUCCGAUCAACUUGACUUCAUGUCCAUGGGGAAGUUCUUCAAAGGAUUGGCCAGUUCUGGUGCUUGGGCUUGCUUUGACGAGUUCAAUCGAAUCGACAUCGAAGUACUUUCCGUUAUCGCACAGCAAAUAUUGACCAUACAAAAGGCUCAGCAGAUUUCAGCAAGCAGAUUCAUCUUCGAAGGAGUUGACCUUCUGCUGAGGCCGUCCUGCGCGGUUUUUAUCACUAUGAAUCCAGGAUACGCCGGUCGUACGGAACUUCCGGAUAAUUUGAAAGCGUUGUUCCGUCCGGUAGCUAUGAUGGUACCGAAUUACACGCUGAUUGCCGAGAUAUCUCUGUUCUCCUUUGGAUUCUCGAACGCUAAGCAGCUGGCUGGAAAAAUAACGUCAACGUUCAAACUGAGCUCGGAACAGCUUAGCGUUCAGGAUCAUUAUGACUUCGGCAUGCGAGCGGUAAAGACGGUGAUAGCAGUCGCUGGGAAUCUGAGACGCGAGCAACGCGACAUGACUGAAGCGCAGAUCUGUUUACGCGCGCUGCGGGAUGUGAACGUGCCGAAGUUUCUCAAGGAUGACUUGAAGCUGUUCAACGGUAUCGUUUCGGACCUUUUCCCGAAGAUGAUCGAGCAGGCCGUGGACUACGGAAUCCUGGAGGCAAGCAUUCGGAAGUCGGUCAAGAGUAAAGGGCUACAGGACGUCGACGAGUACGUACAAAAGGUGAUUCAGCUUUACGAGACGACGGUUGUGAGGCACGGUUUGAUGCUGGUGGGGCCAACAGGAUCCGGAAAGACGAAGUGUUACGAAAUCCUGAAAGACGCCUGCACAAAUCUGAAGGGUAAACCACAGCCGAGUGGAAAGCCGUUUACUCCCGUGCACACGUUCGUUUUCAAUCCAAAGUCGAUCACGAUGGGUCAGCUCUACGGUGAAUACGACAUCAACACCCACGAAUGGACUGACGGUAUCCUGUCGAACAUGAUACGAGCCGGGACGACGGCUGCAGAUGAAGACAAACGAUGGUACGUAUUUGAUGGGCCGGUCGACGCUGUGUGGAUAGAGAACUUGAACACGGUACUUGACGACAACAAAAAGCUCUGUCUGACUUCCGGGGAGAUUAUGAAACUCGUGCCAACCCAGACGAUGAUGUUCGAGGUCGCCGAUCUGCGCGUCGCGUCACCAGCUACCGUGUCCAGGUGCGGAAUGGUUUAUCUUGAGCCAGGAGUCGUCGGUCUUCAACCGUUCAUCGAUUGCUGGAUCAGAGCUCUGCCGGAGAACAUGCAGAGCUUUGCCGAGACACUGUCGAAUCUUUCCUACUACUUUAUUUUCCCUGGAUUGAAACUCCUGCGGCAACAGCUUCACGAAAUCAUCGAAACCGUGGACAGCGCGAUGGUCACGUCGUAUUUUAACCUUCUCCAAUAUCGUAUCGGACCCAUGGCAGGUCGGGAUGGAAAAGCGCCACCGUCCCUUGUCUUCCAAAGACUGAUACCAAAACUCAUCUCGCCCUGGGUCGCUUUUUCUGUGGUCUGGAGUCUCGGGGCGACAUGCGACCAUAAAGGACGUCGCAUCUUUAAUGAUUGGAUGCGAAGAAUGCAGAAGGACGGAAAGCACGAGAUGCAGUUCCCCGCCGAAGGGAUGGUUUACGACUACAGGCUUCACGACGGUGGGUUCACGGAUCCGAUAACUGGUACCGAGCCCGUUGCGCCAACGUGGGUGAAAUGGCUCGACGAUAUUCCCUCGAUAAAAAUCACAUCCGAUACAAAAUUCGAAGACAUGGAGGUGCCGACUAUCGACAACGUGCGAAACGCGGCGCUCGUCGGGUACCUUCUCGUCAACGACAAUCACAUACUCUGCGUCGGGCCCACCGGAAGUGGAAAGACCCUCACUGUGUCGAACAAGCUAGCUCGAAACAUGCCAAAGAAAUACAUCUGCGAUUUCAUUACCUUUUCCGCCCGCACAUCGGCCAAUCAGACCCAAGACCUGAUCGACUCGAAGUUGGAAAAACGACGAAAAGGUGUCUACGGCCCUCCCAUACUUAAGAAGCAAGUUUUUUUUAUAGACGACCUCAAUAUGCCCACUCUGGAGAUAUAUGGCGCCCAACCACCCAUCGAACUGAUUCGGCAGUUCAUGGAUUUCAGCGGGUGGUAUGAUCGAACGGAAAUUGGCCAGUUCCACCUGAUUUACGACUGCAACUUCGUGGCGGCCAUGGGACCUCCAGGUGGCGGACGUAACCCGGUGACGACGCGUCUGACCCGCCACCUUCACCACCUCGCCUUCACAGAAAUGGAGGACGAUGUCAAGAAAAACAUUUUUGGCACGAUUCUAAAUUCUUGGCUCGUAAGGACGGAGGAUCUGCAAGAACUGUUGGAUGUUACGGUGACCGCGACUCUCCAUGUAUAUAAUAUUAUCAUAUCUGAGUUGCUUCCCACACCCGACAAGUCUCACUAUACCUUCAACCUCAGGGAUUUGAGCAAAGUGUUUCAAGGAAUUUUGAUGGCCAACCCGGAUAAGAUGCUGAGAGUGGAAGAAUUUAUGACGCUGUGGUAUCACGAGAAUAUUCGAGUCUUCAGCGAUCGGCUGGUGAACGACACGGAUCGAGCCUGGUUUGACAACCUGCUCAGACAGAUACUGGAGAAGCGGUUUAACUGUGAUACGGAUAAUGUUAUCGGCAAUGGAAUUUUACUGUACGGAGAUUUUAUAGAUUCCUUCGGCCAGUACGUCAAAGUAACCAGCAUGGCUAAGCUGGAACAAGUUCUUCUGAACACUCUCGAGGAGUUCAACAUAGCAACGACAUCGCCGAUGAAGUUGGUUUUCUUCGAGGAUGCAAUGGGGCACAUCUGUCGGAUAGCGCGUAUCCUGCGCCAGCCAAGGGGAAACGCUCUGCUACUGGGAAUGGGUGGCUCAGGUCGCGCGAGCCUUACGAAACUGUCCUCUUUUAUAAUGGAGUACGACUGUUUUCAAAUCGAACUCAGCAAGGCCUACGGCAACAACGAAUGGCGGGAGGACAUCAAGACUAUGAUGCUGAAGGCCGGGACGAAACGACAUACCAUAGUUUUCCUGUUCUCGGAUAGUCAAAUAAAGAACGACUCCUUCCUCGAGGACUUGAAUAACAUACUGAACUCCGGUGACAUUCCAAAUAUCUACGCGCCGGAGGAACUCGAUAUAAUAUACCAAGUUAUGCGUGUCCCGACCCAGGAGGCAGGCUUACCUUUGACGAAGAGCAACCUUUUCUCAGCGUAUCUCAAGACCGUUCGCAGUAAUCUUCAUACCGUAGUCACUAUGAGUCCACUCGGUGAAAUAUUUCGGGCUCGAUUGAGGCAGUUCCCGGCCCUGGUCAACUGCUGCACCAUCGACUGGUUCAGCGCCUGGCCUUCGACGGCGCUUGAGCACCUGCGUCAUCUUGUCCGAUUUAUGUUACUUAACCACGGCAUCGAUCAUUUGCAGAGCGUAGCGCUGCAGUACCUUAGCGAAAUCGACGACACCAGCAUCUCGGGAAGCGCGCUUCCGUACAUCGUGAAGACAUGCCAGUUCAUGCAUUCCAGUGUCAUACAGGCCAGUGCUGACUUCUUGCAGGAAUUAUCUCGGCACAACUACGUGACGCCCACUUCGUACUUGGAGUUACUAUCGAGCUACACAGUCCUGGUUAAGCAAAAGAAGGAAGACCUCUUCACGCGGGUGAAUCGUCUGUCAUUGGGACUUGACAAGUUGGCGUCGACCCAAGUCGAGGUGCAGGAAAUGCAAACGAUCCUCACUGGGAUGAAGCCUGAACUCGAAAAAGCCAGCGCCGCGACUGCCGCAAUGAUAAAAAGGAUAACCGCAGAUACGAUUGAGGCGGAGAAAACGAAGCUUUUGGCCUUAGAGCAGGAAAAAGAAGCAUCCCGCGUCAAGGAGAAAUGCGAGGCGAUCAAGGAAGAGGCCGAGACCGAUCUGAGCGAAGCUAGACCGAUGCUCGAGGAGGCCGAGGCGAGCUUAAAAGCCUUGAACAAGGGGGACAUAACGGAAGUGAAAGCCAUGAAGCGACCGCCGGUGGGCGUGGUCCUGGUCAUCGAGGCGAUCUGCAUAAUAAAGGACGUCAAACCGCUCAAACUGCCCGGAAAAAUGCCCGGUGAAAAGGUAAUGGACUAUUGGACGCCGGGUAUUCAGAUGCUCGCCGACGCUGGGCACUUCUUAAACUCCCUUGCGAACUUCAACAAGGAGGACAUAACCGCGGAUAUGAUAAAAAAGCUCCAGCCGUACGUUGAAAAUCCAGCUUUCGAACCGCAGCAGGUGAUCCAGGUCUCCCGAGCUUGUCACUCCCUCUGUCUAUGGGUCCAUGCCAUGUACAAUUACUACUUCGUCAACUUGAAAGUCGCCCCGAAGAUGGAGGCGCUCGCUCGGGCCGACGAAGCCCUCGGCGAGACUAAGAAGACGUUGGCAGCCGCUAUGGAGAAGCUAAGAGAGGUUGAAGAGGGCAUUGAGAACCUACAGCAGUUGCUCAAGGUCGCCGAUGACAAGAAGGCCGUCCUCGAGAACGAGAAACAGAUAUGCGAGGAUAGGAUGCUCCGAGCUGUUCGCCUCGUCGCCGGUCUCGGCGACGAACAAAAGCGCUGGAUCUCAACCGUCGCCAGCAUAAAGAUUGCCCUUCGGAAUGUAACCGGCGACAUACUUCUGUCCGCCGGCGCUGUCGCGUAUUUGACACCAUUCACCGACACUUAUCGAGAGCGGCUUCUGGGCUUGUGGUACUCGGUGCUGGGUGAGGGUGUUCCUCACACAGACGGAUGCACGCCUGUAACUACGCUCGGAAAUCCUGUCGAGAUUCGGAAGUGGCAGAUCGAUGGACUCCCCCGCGACGCUUUCUCAGUGGAGAACGCGGUGUUGGUUAUGAAUUCUAAACGCUGGCCACUUUUCAUCGAUCCCCAGGGUCAGGCAAACAAAUGGAUAAGGAACAUGGGAAAAAUCGGCUUGUCUGUGGUGAAGAUGAGCGACAUGGAUCUCAUACGGGUUUUGGAAGGGUGUGUUCGAUUCGGAAAGAGCUGCUUGAUAGAGAAUGUCGGAACGUCGUUGGAGGCGGCGUUAGAUCCGAUCCUGAAGAAUGCGUUGUUCAAGCAGGGGGGCCAAAUGGUCGUCAAGUUGGGUGACAGCGUCAUUCCGUACAACAGUGAUUUCCGGCUUUACAUGACGACGAAAUUGACGAAUCCCCAUUAUACCCCGGAAGUUGCGAUCAAGGUGCUACUAGUCAACUUUACUCUUACUGCCAGCGGUCUGUCGGAUCAGAUGCUUGCUCUUGUGGCGAUGCAGGAACGACCUGAUCUCGAGGAGGCACGAGGCGCUCUCGUUAUUGCUAGUGCGGAGAUGAAGCAGGAUUUGAAGGAAAUCGAAGACCGCAUACUUUAUCGACUCUCGAUUUCUGAAGGCUCUGCCGUUGAUGACAACGACCUCAUCGUUACGCUGGAGGCGUCCAAGAUCAAAAGUGAGGAGAUAAAGGAGAAAGUCGAGAAAGCUGAGAUAACUCAGGCAGAAAUAGACACCACCAGGAGCAUGUACAUUCCGGUCGCCAAUCGUGCUCGUAUUUUGUUCUUCUGUCUGUCUGACUUGCAGUACGUCGACAACAUGUAUCAGUAUUCGCUCGAGUGGUUCGUAAACAUAUUCAUCGCGAGCAUGACAGCUACGGAUAUAAGCAGUGACAUCCAGGUGCGAAUUUCGACCAUCAAUAUCCAUUUCACUUUCAAUUUGUUCUCCAACGUUUGCCGAAGCCUCUUUGAGAAACACAAACUGCACUUUGCAUUCCUGGUAUGCGUGAGGCUCAAAAUAGAUCAGAAUCUCAUCGACCCAAACGAGUGGAGAUUCUUGCUCUCUGGCGCUACGCCGUCGCAGCUGUUACCAAAUCCAUCGCCAGACUGGAUAUCGCCACGUUGUUGGAGGGAAAUCCAAUCGUUGCAAACACUGCCCAAGUUCAACAACUUCGUAGAUUCGUUCGUGAAAUUGAUGCCACAAUUCAAGACCGUAUUCGACGCUCAGGAGCCGCAGACGGUUCCGUUUCCCCAGCCGUGGAGAGACUCCCUUGACGACUUCCAGAAAAUGCUGGUUCUGAAAUGCCUGCGACCAGGAAAGCUCACCAACGCCAUGCAAAUGUACAUUGCGAAGUUCCUCGGCGCCCGCUUCGUCGAGCCCCAGACUACCGAGGUCUCCGCCAUGUACCAGGACUCUGAGCCGACGAUACCGCUAAUUUUCGUCCUUUCAACCGGUACCGACCCGGCUGCGGAUCUCUACAAAUUCGCGGACAGAUUGAAAAUGGGGAAAAAGUUGUACUCGAUAUCACUCGGUCAGGGCCAAGGGCCCAGGGCGGAGUUGAUGCUGAAGCAGUCAACCGAAGUUGGGAACUGGCUCUUCUUUCAAAAUUGCCACCUCGCGCCCAGCUGGAUGCCCAGACUCGAGACCCUCGUGGACGAGCUUUCUCCCGAGAGUACGCAUCGUGACUUUCGAUUAUGGCUCACUUCCUUGCCCUGCGCUCAUUUUCCAGUCAGCAUUCUGCAGAACUGUAGCAAAAUCACCGUCGAACCACCCCGAGGCGUCAAGGCGAACAUGCUGCGCGCCUACCUCACUCAAGUCAUGGAACUGGAAGAUCACCUCAACCUUGAAGAAUCGAAGAUACCCGACUUCAAGUACAUGCUGUUCGCGCUCUGCAUGUUUCACGGCACUCUCCUCGAGAGACGGAAAUUCGGUCCUCUGGGCUUCAACAUCCCCUACGAGUUCACAAACGGAGAUCUCACCAUCUGCAUAUCCCAGCUCCGCAUGUUCCUCGCUGAGUAUUCGGACCUGCCGUUCAAGGUGCUCACUUACACCGCCGGCCACAUCAAUUACGGGGGCAGAAUAACGGACGACUGGGAUCGUCGAUGCGUGUUGACCAUUCUGGAGGAUUAUUACAGGAAAGAAGUUGCCUCGCCGACUUACGAGUUCGACGCCAAGGGCUUUUAUCAUCAGCUUCCAGGCGACACCCCGUUUGCCGAUUACGUAACGUACAUAAAAACUUUCCCCCUAAACGACGAUCCGUCCCUGUUCGGGCUCCACGAAAACGCGGACAUCAGCUACGCCCAGGCGGAGACUUUCGCGUGUCUCGAUACUCUCCUGGCACUCCAGCCGAAAGAAGUGGGUGGCUCCGCAGCGAGCAGCACGGAGGACGUUUCCUCCAAACGAGCUAGGGAUAUUUUGGAAGAGCUUCCCCCCCUCUUUAACCUCCACGAUUUUUAUGAAAAGUAUCCGGUCCUCUACGAGGAGUCUCUUAACACCGUUCUCUACCAAGAAGCGAAACGGUACAACGGUCUACUGCAGGAGUUAAUCGUGUCCUUGAACGACCUUCUCAAAGCGCUCAGAGGACUCGUCGUGAUGUCGGAAAGGUUGGAAACCAUGUCGGGCAGCCUCUUCAACAAUAAGGUGCCAAAGAUCUGGGCGGAUAAGGGUUACCCAUCCCUCAAGCCUCUCGGUGCCUGGGUCAUCGAUCUAAAAGAGAGGAUAAAGUUCAUCAUGGAAUGGUACAACAGCGGAAUUCCCCCAGCUUUUUGGAUAUCUGGGUUUUACUUUCCUCAGGCAUUCCUGACUGGAACCCUGCAGAAUUUCGCUCGCAGAUACGCUAUCUCCAUCGACGCAAUCGACUUCGGCUUUGUGGUCCUGUCCAGUAAACCGAAACAAAAACCAAAAGACGGAUGCGCCAUUUACGGACUAUUCCUCGAAGGCUGUCGAUGGGGUGGCACAGCCCUAGCGGAAUCAUUACCCAAGGAACUUUAUACCGAUAUGCCCACGAUAAUGCUGAUCCCCGAGGAAAAUCACCAACACCCUGAUCGAGGAGUCUACGAUUGUCCAGUCUAUAAAACUAUGACUCGAGCUGGGACCCUGAGUACCACAGGACAUUCGACUAACUUUGUACUGUCCAUAGAAGUACCUAGCCUAAGGCCUCAAGCUCACUGGAUAAAACGAGGAGUCGCCCUGCUCUGCGCACUCGACUAUUGAGGGUGGAAAUCCUCCGUCACUCCUAUCGCUUAAGAGUUUCAGUUGAGUGAAAAAACUUUCCACUCAGAUUCUUUGUCGGGUGUUACUUUUGUUCUCAAGUUUCUGUACACCCCGAAAA